AUGCCUCCACGCGCCCACUCCAAGACAUCCCGUGUCCCCCGCAGACCUUUCGAGUCUGCUCGAUUGGACUCUGAGUUGAAGCUCGUAGGCGAGUAUGGCCUCCGCAACAAGCGUGAGGUCUGGAGAGUCGGCCUGACUUUGUCCAAGAUUCGUCGUGCUGCUCGUCAACUGCUUACUCUCGACGAGAAGGACCCCAAACGUCUCUUCGAAGGCAAUGCCCUCAUUCGACGUCUCGUUCGCGUUGGUGUGCUCGACGAGUCUCGCAUGAAGCUGGAUUACGUCCUUGCCCUGAAGCUCGAAGAUUUCUUGGAGCGCCGCCUUCAGACUUGUGUCUACAAGCUCGGCCUUGCCAAGUCCAUUCAUCACGCCCGCGUUCUCAUUCGCCAGCGCCACAUCCGUGUCGGCAAGCAAAUCGUCAAUGUCCCGUCUUUCAUCGUCCGUCUCGAUUCUCAAAAGCACAUUGACUUUGCUCUCAACUCGCCUUUCGGCAGCGGCCGUCCCGGUCGCGUUCGCAGAAAGAAGGCCAAGGCCGCCGAGGGUGGUGCUGAUGGCGAAGAGGAGGAGGAUGACGAAUAA